UUGUCAUCUGUGUUUCGCCUGUCAAUUUUUGUUUGCUGAAAACCCUAGGCGAGCCGGACUUUCACCUGUGUUUCGAAAUGGCGAAGUCGAAGAACCACACAGCUCACAAUCAGUCCUACAAGGCCCAUAAGAAUGGCAUCAAAAAGCCGAAGAGGCACCGUCAUACUUCCACCAAAGGGAUGGACCCUAAGUUUCUGAGGAACCAGAGGUAUGCCAGGAAGCAUAACAACAAGAGUGCUGAAGCAGCCACCGAGGAAGAGUAAGGGAGCACUCUGUCAUGGAGCUACAAGUAUUUUCCUUGAUAGAUUAGAUUUCGUCUUGUAGCGUGGCAUUUUUUUUUUUGGGAUCAGUUUACUAUAGCGAACUGAGUUUUCUCCAGUGUGUCGAUCAACUCUAACAUUCGGCCCUAGUUCGUAAUACAGUAUUGUUGUUAUCUUCUAUUUAUAACUCUUCAAUUCGAUCACCAUAUUGAUAUUCAGAGAUGGUUGCGUUUUCUUUCGUUGCA